GCAAACGGAUUUUUUACUUCUUUUCUACUGGUGAGAACUUGGACCAAAAAAACGUCUCACUGUACCCCUAGAAGGCACGGCUUUCAAGACAAGCUUUUGGCUGUUCAAACCAUUCCGACAACAAAAAGGCGUCAGUGCCGAAAUGAAAUGAGAUCAAAGAUGGCUUUAAAGUUACUCUGUGGCUACAGCGAGGCGACAAAGUCUUCAAAUUAACUCAUCGAAAAAAAGUUAAAUUCUUCCUCUUAUUUGACCUAAAAAGGGGGAGUUUAUGGUAUUCGUUGUCAACGCUAUUUAAUUUUCACCAAGUCGAUUCAUCCCGUAGCAAGUGCAUCCAUCGUAGCAAAAUGAACAACUCCAGCUWUAUGCAUCAYGAWGAUGAGGUKAUCUCUAAGGCCGAGAUAUUCUUCACCCUUGUAGUCUAUGUUAUAACCUUUGUUCUAGGAGUCGUAGGAAAUAUACUUGUGUUUCUGGUUAUUUUUGUGAAAAGGGAACGAAGGACAUCUAAUGACAUCUUUCUCGUCAACCUUGCCGCUGCGGAUUUGCUGUCAGUUUCAAUUUCUCUGCCAUUGAAAUUCCUUCUCCGUGUGGCACCUUUAAUACCUCUAAGCUGUUUAGUCUGCAAAGUACUAUAUCCUUUAAUGACACUGCCGUACUGUGCAAGCAUUUUUACAAUAACUGCAAUGGCGGUACAAAGACGAAACGCAAUCUUAAACCCAUGGAAAGGAGUUAUGACACACGCGCGAACCUUUACGUGUGCAGGGACAAUUUGGAUCCUUUCUUCAUUAUUGACAGUUCCCUUGAGUGUCUUUUCAAGCGUCGGAAACCAAGGCUGUUCAUUCACUUGGACACAAGAGCAACAAAAGACUUAUGUUGUCUCGAUUUUCUUUAUUCAGUAUAUUUUACCUCUUACGAUUAUAAUCAUCGCGUACGUUCAAAUAUGUUUGAAUCUUAAGAAAUAUCAAAAGAACAUUGUCAGGCAAGAAAUUCGAAGGGAAAACAUCGAGAUAACACGAACCAUUGCUGUAAUUGUGUUUUUAUUUGCGGUUUUUACUCUUCCACUCCAAGUUUUCUGGUUGCUGUACGUUUAUCAAUUGAAAAACAUUGGUUUUCACAUGCUGUACAAACUUCAUCAUUAUGCGGAGUUGUUGACUGAUUUUCAUAGCUGUAUGAAUCCGCUAGUUUACGGUGCUUUGACAAAACGUUUUCGACAAAAAUACACUCUCUUCUUGUCGUCUGUUUUCAGGGUUUUUGAGCAGAAAGAGUCCAGGUCUUGUAACGCUGCUGAGCCGAUUCUAAACAGAGACAAAGAAAUUCGCCUGAAACAACGGAGCAAAACUAUGUGAUUUAACAGUAUGAUAUACACCUACUUGCAGGAUAUAACAGUAUGUUAUACACCUACUUGCAGGAUAUUACAGUAUGAUAUACACCUACUUGCAGAAACGU